UGUUGAAUAACCCCUCAUUUUUGUCCAUCCCAGCUCUGCCAAUCCAGUCGCUAUUCCCUUAUAUAUACUUCAUGAUGAGGGACUUUAAAAUCGCAAAACAAGAGCAAGACAUCGGAUUCUAUGCUGGAUUUGUUGGGGCAACCUAUUUCCUUGCCAGAACCGUCAGUUCUGUGCCAUGGGGCAUAUUUGCUGACAAGUAUGGAAGGAAGCCCUGCAUUGUGAUCAGCAUCAUCUCAGUGAUUGUGUUCAGCACACUCUUUGGCCUUAGCACAAGUUACUGGAUGGCCAUUGUGACUAGGGGGCUGCUUGGGUUGCUUUGUGGUAUACUGGGACCAAUCAAGGCCUAUGCUACGGAAGUCUGCAGGAAAGAGCACCAAGCUCUAGCAAUGUCUGUUGUUACAUCAUCAAGAGCAAUAGCUCUUGUUGUUGGACCAGCUAUUGGAGGGUUUCUAGCACAGCCUGCAGAGAAGUACCCAAAUAUUUUCUCCAAUGGAUCCAUAUUUGGGAGGUUUCCAUACUUCCUCCCAGGCCUUGUCAUAUCGAUACUAGCAGCAGGAUCAUGUAUUGCAUGCAUUUGGCUUCCAGAAACGCUGCACUUUCAUGAUAAUGAAAAGGUAGAAGCUAUUGAUGAAAUGGAGGCACAAGUUGGUGACUCUAACUUAGAAGUUGGAAAAGCUAAAGAAUCUGGUUGCACGUCUACAAAGAACCUGCUAAAGAACUGGCAACUGAUGUCAGCAGUAAUCCUCUACUGUAUCUUUUGUCUCCAUGACACAGCUUAUCUUGAGACAUUUUCACUCUGGGCAGUGAGCAGCAGAAAAUUCCGGGGCCUGAGUUUGACAUCCCAGGAUGUUGGCAUUGUGCUAGCUGUCUCAGGUAUUGGUGUGCUCGUAUACCAACUUGCUGUUUAUCCUUUCAUUGUCAAGUAUUUUGGACCAGUUAGGCCGCUACGUCCCUCUGUGGUCUUGUCUAUACUUGUCCUCGCAAUGUAUCCCUUCAUGGCCAAACUACAAGGGCUGGAGCUCAAGUUGCUCAUCAACAUAGCUUCGCUUUUAGAGAAUGUGUUCUCUGCUACAGUUACUACUGCGUGCAAUAUUUUGCAAAACACCGCAGUGACACAAGAACACAGAGGUAUUGCGAAUGGCAUCUCAGUGACACUGAUGUCAUUGUUCAAAGGUGUAGCUCCAGCGGCAGCAGGAAUUUUGUUUUCGUGGACUCAGAAGCACAUGACUGGGCUGUUAUUACCAGGUGACCAGAUCCUGUUCUUGGUGAUAAACUCGGUGUCGAUAAUCGGAUUAAUUUUUACGUUCAAGCCAUUUUUCUCUAUGUCAGAUGCAUUGAGGCGUUCAUAAUUGUGUGUAUUUAGCUAUAGAUGGCCAAUUAGGCCGUGCUAAAUAGGGUACAACACGACAAACCCUAAUUACUAACCAUGUCUGAUAGUGUUGUGCUUUAUAGUGCCAAUGCAGUACCAUCCAUUACGUUUGGCCAUCUAUACAUUUAGCUCGUUCACUUGUGGGUCAACUCAAGGUCACUGACAGAUUAGAGGCCUCUGGUUUGAAACUGGUAGAAUUCGUGGAUUAUACAUGCUCUUAAUUUUCGUCUUAAGUUUAGUUCUAUAAUCUGUGUAGAGGGGCUCUCUAAAAAAUUGGUGUAGACUCCGGAGCACUAGAUGUUGAUUCAUAUAUAUGAUAAAAUGAGAUUGAGAUUAGCCCUGUUUUCUCCAUAUUUCUUAGGCUCCAAAACACACCCAGUACAGAACUGAAGAUAGCUUCACCAGACUCCAGCUCAUAGAUAACAGACGAUGAUCUGAAGAACUGCAAUUUUUUCUGCAACCGAUUGGAUUAGAUGUGGUUUAGUUUAACAACAACUCUUAAUGUCGAUUUCAUGAUAAUAAAGUGUGUCAGCUUUGAAUUUAUAUAAU